UGUACCUACACCACACCAGGGACGAGCAAACAGCAGCGUCCAGCCCAAUUUGCAUCCCCCGGCAGAGGCAGGCAAAUAUUGAAUAUCCCCUCCUGUCACCAGAGACAAAGAGUAUUCUCUUUCUCGACCUGUUGUAGAAGUGCACGGGAUUCUGGGAGAAAAAAAAAAAGUGUGAGAAUCCCAGACAAUCGAAGCUUGGCAAGAACUUUCAUUCACACUGAUAAAUAAUUGCCAUUGUACGUUCAUCAGCGCGCUUAUUAAAAUAUAACGUCUUAUGUAACCGUUUCUUUUUCCCUGCCUUUUUUUUCUUUUGGAAUCUUUUCUUUCUAUCCGUUUAUGUGUGUGCGUGUGUGUGUGUGUGCAUGUUAUUGCAUGGCAAAGAUUUUUAAUACAUUUUGCUUUUUAAAGCAGCGGGCCCCCUCUAACACCUCCCCCCCCCCAUAUUUUUCUUACAGGACAAGAUGGAGUGUGAAGAGGAUUUUCGGGGCGUGGUUUCAGGUCUGGACGGCAGCCAGCCACCAGGAGAGGAGGAUCAGAUGGCGCUGGCGGAUAAGGGCCGGCCGGACGCGGCGGAGCUGCCGAGCAGCCAGGCGACUUGGCCCCGGGGGCUGGCCUGCUCCCUGUGCAAGCGGCUGUUCGGCAGCCUGGGGCAGCUGAAGGAGCACGAGUAUGGGCACACCCUGUCCCUCGUGGCCCUGUCCCUGGACUGCUUUGACGUGCGGCGCCCCCUGGUGACCGCCGAGCCGCCCGCCCGCUACCUGUGCUCGCAGUGCCCGGCAAGCUUCACCCUCAAGUCCAACGCCGACCGGCACGAGAAGACCAUCCACUUCAAGAAGAAGACGAUGCGCUGCAUCUCAUGCCUGAAGCAUUUCCGCGACCGGACCGACCUGAACCGGCACCUGUCGUCCGUUCAUUCCAGCGAGCGCGUGUUUGCCUGCCCCGUCUGUGCCAAGGCCUUCAGCACCCAGAAGAACCUUGCCACCCAUACCAAGGGGUGCUGCCAGUCCCGACCCAUGGCCGGGCAUCUCUGGGACAUGCAGCUGCUGAAGACGGAGGGGCCCGGCCCAGCUCAGGCCCAUGAUUGAUGCCCCCCCCCCAGCACUCGACCUGUCUGCUGUGGUCUUUCCCGGUGCCGGUUCCUAGAAACCUAACCGUCGCUCUUGUCAGGAAUGUCCAUUUUAAUAUAUGCAAAGCACUGUUAUCAUUUCGUACAAAGAAUGUAUUAUUUGUAUAUUUUGUAUUUCGAAUUAAAGACUCUAUUUCUGGACUUGACAUUUUAUAUUUUUGGUCCUCUUUAAUAUUUGACAAGAGCAAUCACUAUGCAUAUCAGUGGGGGGGGGGGCGGUUAAAACCAAUCUAUUUUUGAUCAGGUUCAACUGUGCGAUUCUUGUUCACGCAUAAUCACAUCGGUUGUGUGCGCUCACUACGUCUCCGGAUGCUGGUCCGUCCACCGUGUGGCGUGAGCGAUCACCAUCCCAAACCCCCCCACCCAGAAACCUGCACUCCAGGGGUCCGUAACAGAAACCCAAGAGUCCCGUGACACCCCCCCCCCCACAGUAGCCUUACUCCAUUCCCCAUUUUCAUCUUUUUGUUCUGUUUGUUCGAUGGAAGAGGGUUGCGCAUUGCAGCGUUCGCUGUCCUCGAUGCCUUUGUCUGAGCCACACUGAAUAAUUACGGUAAUUGGCUUGUGAGGCCCCGACCUCGUUUGACCUGUGACCUCAGAUAAAGGAGAAGGCGGGGAGCCGAGGGCCCAGUGGGCGGGGCUGAGGGAAGUGACCUCUUUUGAACUGUUAGGUGACCUCAUGCUGAUGUCGGUGGGGGGGGCUGAGCUAAGUUGGCCUGGAUGAUUUUAGAUGGUUAAAGGUGCUUCCUUCAGCAUCUCUAUCUGCUUUGUUUGGGUGUGAAGUCCGAAAUUCGCCGGUCGGAUAUGAAUGACUGUCAUACAGGAAGCUGAAUUGGAAUCCUGAGUUUGCUGCCAAUCGGAAACGAGGGCCUCGCAGUCGCCGCAGUCGCCGUGUCCCGUCAGAGCCACAGACAGAGAGGGGCUCGCAGUCGCCGCAGUCGCCGUGUCCCGUCAGAGCCACACACAGAGAGGGGCUCGCAGUCGCUGCAGUCGCCGUGUCCCGUCAGAGCCACACACAGAAUAUUUAAUUUAAUUUAAUCAGCCAAAUAGGAGGAAGCAGAAUGCAAAAAUUGCUGGCCCCUCCCGCCCCAAAAAUAGAGACCCAUACCCCCUUCCGGUGAUCCCAGCGUACCCUGUUGCUUAUUAGGGCACAUUAGAGUGCUUCUCCCAAAUCUUCUCCAUGAAAAAUGAGACUCUCGCCGUCGUCGUGGAGUCUUUUUAGGUCGCACGCUUGUGACUCGUGUGAAGGCGUACGCCGGGUCCUCGGGGCAACACGCCCAGAAAGUUGCCGUCUUCAGAGCCACGGGAACGUUAGCACGUUAGCAUAUGAUACACUACCUCUCUUACGGGAAAAAUAAGCGAAAAGACUCAUCCCUGCUGCAAUGUCGCUCGACUCUGAGCCGAUUGGAAAUUACAUGCAUUUAUUUUUAUGUUUUGACUUUUCCUUUUGUUUUCUUUGUGGCAGUAGCAUGUAUCAUCUUAGCAAACAGUAGCUAACAGCCUGUAGAGUGGGGCUUCCCUUCCGUUCCUGCUUCUUCAUCCCUGGUUCAACUUUUACUGCCAUCGAACUGCUGGUCUGACUCGUUCGCUGAGAGUUACUCUCCUGAUGCCCAGAGCUGGUGUCUGGCUGAAGGCUGGUUGGCGCUUGAUGCCCAUGCCAGGUUGAUGUGGUUGGGUUUGAGCCUUAGCACCAGGCCCGACUAACAUGCCUUUUAGCAUGUGAACAUGUGUGUGUCUGUGUCUGCGUAUGAGUCACCUACGGCCACCUCUUCAGGGUUCUGCCGUGGGUGACUUUCGGCCGAUUUUCCUGACCUUAGCCCUGCCUUACUCACCGGGAGGCCGUGGGUAAAAUAGUAACAUGGUAACCGCCUGCCUAGCCUGGUGAGUCAGAGUGCGAGUCAGAGUCUGGAGUCACAGCUGUGCCUCAGAACGAGGUGUGGAUUUCGUUAAAAAAAAAAAAAAAAAAAAAAAGGCGGUGGCUUGUUUGUCCUGCGCGAAUGCAAACUCUGCUGGAAGGAAAUUGCUAAUGCAAAAACAAAAAAAACUUGCCCUCAGGAAAUAGAUCCAUUUUUAUGUUUCCUCACUUGUACUUCUCUAGUGAAAGCAAAUAAAAUGAAUAUAGAUUGUUUCAUAUGAAGACAUUUAGCAGCACAUUACUGAUAAUAUUUAUGAUGGGACAGCGAUGCAUCUGUGUGAUUUUUGUAUAUUCUAAAAGUACAUACUAUUUUAUAAAGCAUAGUCUUUGCUUGAUGUUCAGAAUGAUCUAGAAGACAAUGUAUUUUUUUAAAGUAUGUGUUUCAUUCUGUAGUUUCUGUAUUCAAAUAAACUGGCAAACAAACGGUUAAAGAA